AUGGCUGCUCCCACGGAGGACAACGAGGAACUGGUGCAAGAGGAUUACUACGCUUGGUUAAAUGUUGACAGAAAGGCCACUAUUGAUGAGAUUAACAAUGCAUUCAGGCGACUUAGCAAGAUUUAUCAUCCAGACAAGCACCAUGGUGAACCAAAUAAAAAGGAAGCUGAAAUAAUGUUCUCUAAAAUCAAAAAGGCUCAUGAAGUUUUAUCUGAUAAACAUACCAGAACAAUCUAUGAUAUUUAUGGUGAAAAAGGUUUGGAGUGUGGAAUGGAGCUUGUUGCUAAGACAAAAUCCCCUGCUGAGAUCAUUGCUGAGUAUGAACGGAUACAGCGGGAACGAGAAGAGCGACGGCUACAGCAAAGAACCAAUCCUCGGGGUACAAUAACUAUUGGUAUUGAUGCUACAGACAUGUUUGACCAUUAUGACCUUGACCCAGAUAAUGAUUCUUUUAUUCCAUACUUUGAAAUGGCGGACUACCGCGUAACGUGGGAUAAAAAAAAGGAGAAUGAAUUGAUUGACUUCUUUGAAGCGCACCCUUGUCUCUGGGAUCACAAUCACAUCGACUACUUCAGAAGAGAUGUACGUGAUGCACUUAUGAAAGAACUUAGUAAUAGAUUGGGAUGUGAUCGUUCUGGCCAAAUUUACACAGAAACACAUAUAAAAAGGCGGUGGAAAAAUAUCCGUACAACUUAUGCACGAGAGUGUCGAAAAUCUGAAAAUAAGUCUGAUACCAAUCCUGAUAAUCAAUAUGUCUCCAAGUGGGCUUUCAUUGACAGACUAGGGUUUGUCAAAGAUUUUAUCAAAGCAAGGGCUCCUAAUAAUUACAUUAACUUUAACUCGAAUUUAUCAUCCUCAACUGCUGACCAUUCUGAAAACUUCCAGACACUUUCAGAUGAUGAUAUUGACAGAGAGGAAGAAGAGGAGGAUGAUGAUUUGGUUGCAGAAGUGAUUUCUAUUGCUGAAUCUUAUAACAAUGAAAAAGUUUCAUGGAACAAAGAGAAAGAAAAUGAACUUAUAUCUUUUUUUGAAAGUAAUCGGUUCCUGUGGGACCAUUCUCAUCCAGAUUAUUUUAAUAGAGAUCUCAGAGAUUGCAUGAUUAAAGAAUUGAGCAAUAAACUUGGCAAGGACCAAAAUGGACAAUCCUAUUCAGAAACAUUCAUUAAGCAAAAAUGGAAAAAUCUACGAACUACUUAUGCUAGAGAAUUGAAAAAGAUGGAACGUCACAAAAUUCAUUAUCGUGAAGCUCCCUAUGUAUCUCGUUGGGCACACACAGAACGACUUUGUUUUCUCAAAGAUUGUCUUAAAGCUCGGGGACAGUCAAGAAAUAUUGCACAUUUGCAGAACAGUGCAGAUGUAUGUCAGGCUUAUUCCCUUUCUGAUGACUCGGAUGGUGAUAAUGAUUCUAUUACUUGGUCAUCUGAACCAUAUGUAGAAGAAACUGUGGCAGUUAAUGAACCAAAAUCAUUGAUAUUUAAAUACAAGUUUGUAAUUUUUCAUAUUGACAAUUUUAAUUUUGAAACCUUUUUUCUUCUUUUUUUUUUCUUCUUUUGUUUUUCUUUUUUUUCUUCUUUUUUUUCUUCUUUUGUUUUUCUUUUUUUUCGUUUUUUCUUUUUCUUUCUUCUUUCUUUUUUCUUCUUUUUUCUUCUUUUUUUCUUCUUUUUUCUUUCUUUUUUCUUUUUUCUUUCUUUUUUCUCUCUUCUCUUUUCUUUCUCUCUUCUCUUUUCUUUCUCUCUUCUCUUUUCUUUCUCUCUUCUCUUUUCUUUCUCUCUUCUCUUUUCUUUCUCUCUUCUCUUUUCUUUCUCUCUUCUCUUUUCUUUCUCUCUUCUCUUUUCUUUCUUCUCUUUUCUUUUCUUUUUUCUCUUUUCUUUUUUCUCUUUUCUUUUUCUCUUUUCUUUUUCUCUUUUCUUUUUCUCUUUUCUUUUUCUCUUUUCUUUUUCUCUUUUCUUUUUCUCUUUUCUUUUUCUCUUUUCUUUCUUUCUCUUUUCUUUCUUUCUCUUUUCUUUCUUUCUCUUUUCUUUCUUUCUCUUUUCUUUCUUUCUCUUUUCUUUCUUUCUCUUUUCUUUCUUUCUCUUUUCUUUCUUUCUCUUUUCUUUCUUUCUCUUUUCUUUCUUUCUCUUUUCUUUCUUUCUCUUUCUUUCUUUCUCUUUUUUCUUUCUCUUUCCUCUCUUUCUCUUUUCUUUCUUUCUUUUCUUCUCUUCCUUUCUCUUUUCUUUCUUUUUCUUUUCUUUUCUUUUUCUUUUCUUUUUCUUUUCUUUUAUUUUCUUUUUCUUUUCUUUUCUUUUCUUUUCUUUUUCUUUUUUUUUCUUUUCUUUUCUUUUUCUUUUCUUUUCUUUUCUUUUCUUUUCUUUUCUUUUUCUUUUCUUUUCUUUUCUUUUCUUUUCUUUUCUUUUCUUUUCUUUUCUUUUCUUUUCUUUUCUUUUCUUUUCUUUUCUUUUCUUUUCUUUUCUUUUCUUUUCUUUUUUUCUUUUCUUUUCUUUUCUUUUCUUUUCUUUUUUCUUUUCUUUUCUUUUCUUUUCUUUUCUUUUUUCUUUCUCUCUCUUCUUUUCUUUCUCUCUUUUGUAA